CAUAAUUCCAAAUUCCCUUUCAAUCUUCAUUGUCUCUUCUUCACCUUUGCUAUUCACAAAGCUCGUUAAUGCAGCAAUGGAACCCAACCCCGAAGCCAUUGGAAUCAAAAUCUACACUACUACUCCACCAGAAGAACCUACCCAAAUCCCUUCCUCCCCACAGGCCGCUCCUCAAGUUGGGAAGAAAAGGCGAGCAGUUGCCAAGGGAGUGCAGAAAACCAUAUCCAAAACUUCAAUGCUCGUUAACUUCCUUCCAACCGGAACCCUUCUCACGUUUGAGAUGGUCCUCCCCUCCGUUUCCGGCAACGGCCAGUGCACGCCUGUUAGCACCCAAAUGAUCAAUGCCCUUCUGGGCCUCUGCACCCUCUCCUGCUUCUUCUUUCACUUUACCGAUAGUUUUCGAGGUCCCGAUGGGAAAGUCUACUACGGGUUCGUGACCCCGAAAGGUUUGGCGGUGUUCAAGGCCGGGCUUGGCGUCGAAGUUCCAAAGGACGAUAAGUACAAAGUUGGGUUAUCGGAUUUCGUCCAUGCAAUCAUGUCGGUGUUGGUUUUCGUGGCGAUUGCUUUCUCGGAUCAUCGAGUCACGGAUUGUCUUUUUCCUGGGCAUGCCAAGGAUAUGGAUGAAGUAAUGGAGGGUUUCCCUCUAAUGGUUGGGAUUAUCUGCAGUGCCCUUUUCUUGGUGUUUCCAAAUACUCGAUUUGGCAUCGGCUGCAUGGCUUCCUGAUUCUUAUUACUGCAUGGGUUUGAUCUGCUGCGAUGGAUAUAAUUGUUUGUUUUUGUUCUGGAUCCCUAGUACAUAUGUAUAUAUGUUCGUGUAUCAACUUUUGUAGGCUCCACAGUAUUAGCAAAUUAAUUAAUCAGGAUUUGUGUAAUCUUUUUGUUUUUCUUU